CUUCCGCGCGUAGUGUUACAUCCCGGGCGUAGCAAGCAAGCAGGCAAGCACUCGUCGAGCACGGCACCACUAUCGCUAGCGCCCUGUAUCCCCUUGUAUUUGGAGCGGUGUGUCCGAGUUCCUAACUUUGUUUGAUUGACUCUUGUGUUUGAUCACGAAUUAUAUUCAAAAUGGUCCGAUCAGCAUCGAUGGAGUGCAUUAAGUACCUCCUCUUUGCGUUUAACGCCAUUUUUGUUUUGUGUGGUAUUGCCCUAAUUGCUGUGGGUGCAGUUGUGCUGAGCUCACUCAGUCCACAGAAGCUGAUCUAUGCUGGAUUCCUGGGUGCCCCGGUUGCCAUAAUUGUUCUUGGUGUCUUCGUCUUCAUCUUGGCUUUCCUUGGCUGCUGUGGAGCAUGGAAAGAGCACACAUGUAUGAUCACAACGUUCAGUGUCUUGUUGCUGGUGAUCUUGAUCUGCGAGCUGGGAGCUGCCAUUGCUGCUUAUGUCUACCGUUCCCAGAUCGGAGAAUCCGCAAGAAAGUCUGCAACAGAAUCCAUUAAUGAGUUCGAGACAAACAAAGACAUGCAGAAGUUCUGGAAUGAUGCACAGAGCAGUUUAAAAUGCUGUGGAGCGAACAACUAUACCGACUACUUCGAGGACAAGCAACACCUUCCAUCAUCAUGCUGCCCUGAUAAGCCAGAGAACUGUACAGUUGAAUUGGCAUAUAAAAAGGGCUGCUUGAAGGCUUUCAUCGACCUGUUCAAUGAGAAGAUAAUCUACGUUGGAGCAACUGGCAUUGUCAUUUGCUUCAUUGAGAUUGUGGGAAUCAUCUUUGGCUGUUGCUUGGCUAAAUCCAUCAAGAAGAAUUACGAAGUGGUGUAGUCUACGAGGUCCUGCACGUUUAAAUUGGGUCUGAUAAGUACUUCAUUUAAACUUUCAGCAGAUUUACCUUAAAUAAUGUCAAAAUCUUUACCCGAUUUACCUUGCCAGCAGUUACUGCUAGUGUUUGACUUUCCCCAAAACAGACAGACAAAAGAAAUGCUGGUGCCAAAAGCUAGAAAUUAAUUUUAUUUUAUUUUAUUUUUCCUAUUAUUUCUUCCAUUGUCAAAAUUUUAAAGCAUGAUCGAUGAAAAACUUUUGUGCCUUAUGAUACUACCAUGAGCAAGUCUUCACAUACUGCUUGUACAGAGGUCAGAGUUGCUAAAAACUGCUACAUUGUUGCGCGUAUUGACAGCCAUUUUUCCCCCUUUCCAGCACAUUUAAUCACUUAUAAUGCUGACUGUAUAGAGCAUUAUACACUUACUUUUACUGGCUCUAUUGUGCAAAGUUUGAUGCACAGUUUGUUAAAGACAGUACAUGAGUUAGUGCAACAGGAGGUCACUGUUCUACCUAUGCAUGUGUUUUGUUGUGUUUGGAGACUGCGAUUGCCAAUAAAUUUACUACCUGUACUUAAUGUUUGCAAUUGCGAACAUUCCACUAAGUAUUCAACUGUGUUUGUAUGGCACCAUCCUUCUUUGACACGAGUAGCACACGCAGGUUUGCAUACAUAUUCUCUUGUGAAUGUCCAGUGAGGUGGUGUUGGUAAUUGUUUUGUGUGCAAUUGUGUAAAAAGCAACUUUAUAGCUUGGUAUGUAUUGAUAGGUUUGGUAGUUUGUUUGAAGAUUUAUUCUUGUGAUAUGUCAUGGAGGCACUUAUACAACUUCAUCUGAAGUUCUGUUUUGAGCAGUCGUGAAAUAAAGCAGUGUAGAUUAUGUAUUUUUCAGUGC